AUGGAUGCGAAAAAUGAAACUGUGAAUGAAGUUCGAACGGAAAAGCCAAAAAAGAAACCUAGUCAACACAAACGCCGGACCGAAAUGAGAAGAAAAGCUUUCGAAGAACAGCGGAAAAAUCCGGAUAUUUAUGUUCCAAUCCCCGUGGGAAGACAUAGACGAAAAGGGAAAAAAGUUACCGUCGAUGAUAAAAAUCCGGAGUCCACGAAAAUAUCUCAGGAGAAAGAAUUUUACACGAUCGAAGAAGCUCUCGAUAUUCUUUCUACGCCUCCGAAAGAAGUCGCACCGCCGGUUGUAAAAUCUCCCGAAGUAGAUUUAGACAUUCUCGAUUUGAGGACAUCACCGGUCCAAGUUUCACCGCCUCACCUCGCGUUUUAUCGAGUCGGCGAACAAAACCAUCCAAACGUCAAAUCUAUUCUGUCACCAACGAAAAUUGGUAGUCCCUCCUCUCGCUGGAAAAUUUCGCGAAAAUCCAAAUUUAAUGACAUGCGCAUUACGAUUCGACGAGACAACCCACAAUCGAGAGAUACACCCGUUAAACAAAGAGUGUUCAAAGAGUGGCGAAAAACCGUGGAUAUCGCAAAUUUGGAGGAUCCGGAUAAAAAGAAACGGCCACGCCCCCCGACAAAAGAACCGUCUAGGAAACGACGGAGAAGCCCCGCGCGCUCAGAAAAGAAAAAUUCGAAGGCAAUACGAUCACCGUGCAGAAAGAAAACAUCGAGAUGUUCGCGCAAUCAUUCGAAAUCUCCGAAGAAAAUUGUAAAGCGCGACAAAUUGCACUCUCCGCGUCCUACGCUACCGCACGCUCGGCCUUCAACGUAUAGAACGCCGAAACGACCAAAGCUGGGACUGGAAAAUUUGGGUAUAAGAAGAGCCAGACCAUCAACAGCAGUUCAGUCUAGAAAUCAGUCUAGAAAAGCAGUCAAGAAAAUGUAG